AGAGAGGUUCCCAUGGAAAUGGAUAUGAUCACCCCAACCCUUUCAGAAAUCAGAGGGGGGACCUCGGAGGCCAGGACUCUGCAGGAAACUGGUGGCAGCCUGGACAGGUGAAUAGGAGCAUUGAUGGGGAAUGAAUUCAUAAAGUUGUCAGAACUCGGAAUCCCCCCAGAAAUCAUCACUUCUGUAUUCCUUCGUGUUUAUUAAUUUACGCACUCAUUCAACAAAUGUUCAUCAUGCCCUUACUAAGUAUCAGGCACUGUUCCAGGCACCAGAUAAACAGGAUAGACAAGUCCAUGGCCUCCUGGAGCUUACAGUCAAGUGGAAAAGUCAGAUCUUAACAGAUAAACAAAUCGAUAUGUAAUAUAAUGCCAGUCAGCCUUAAGUCUGAAAAACUAGAGCAGAGUUAAGGGGACCAAGAGUAAUAGAGUGUGGACUGGGAGGGCCUGUCUGAACAGGUGACAUUUCAGAAGAGACCUGAGUGAAAUGAUGGACCGAGCUACGCAGACACCUGGGAGAGGGCCCUGUAGGUCGGAGGCAGGACUACGCUUUGCACGGACGAGGAAGAGCCUCGAAUCCUAGCUGUCAAAGUCAGAUGGAAAGUGGCAGGAAACGAGGUCAGAAGACAGACAGAGGCCAGCACAUAAGGUGCCAGGACGUCUUCACUGGGUAGGGACUGUGGCUGUCUUCCCAAGUGUGAUGGGAAAUUAUGCAGGUCACAAGAAUAUGGGGGACGUGAUCUGGUUUACUGUCAGGAGGACCACACUGGCUCGUGCGUGAAGAUAAUAUGCCGGGGUCAAGAGGGAAAGCCAGGCGUCGCAUGCGGGAGGGUGCUACAAACCUCCACAUGGACCGAGCGUUGGCAGUGGAGGAGCAAAAGGUGACUGGGUUUGGGAAAGAUGCCCAGGAUGGAGCAGACGGAAUCUGCUGCUUGACUGGAAGUGAGGUGUGAACGAAAAGGAGCGCUCAAGGACGGCUCCAAGGUUUCCGACUGAGCCACUAGAUGAUGGGAGACACCACAGGAGAAGCAGGCUUAUGAGAGAAGAACAGGCAUUCUCUUUGAGGCCUAUUUGGCUGGAGACGUCCACUGGGGAGCCUGGCGGAAAUGUCCAGUGUAAAUUGGGUAAACAAGCCUAGGUCUCAGGAGGACAAAACCCUUCCCUGGUAGCUGAUCGGGUUUCUGAUAUUUGGAGGUAGCAGGUCCCCUGGCGAUUCCCGCCGUAACCUCUGUUGGCUCUUGUUACAGUGGCAGCAGCCCCAGUCCUGUCAGGGAAUCGCCAGCAGCACAAACCGUCUCCUGCCUUUGCACCGGUUACACCCCACGAAACAGCAAAUGUUGCUUGGCGGCCAGCUCCACACGUUGGUGCAUGGGGGUGGCUCAAGUGCCUGCAGGCUGGACUCCGGCACAGAGAGCUCCCUCACUGUGCGUGGGGUAACCCCUCUUCCACACAAGACAGGAAGCCCAGGAGUAGGGGAUAAGGGGAAGUAAAGGCAGAGGAGCAUGAUUUUGCAAACUUGGAGGAUAAUGUGGUGCGGUAGAAAGAGCACGAUCGUUGGGUCCAAACAGACCUCAACUCGCAUUCUAUCCCUGCCCCUUCCUACCCGUGGGAUCUCUGAUACAUUACUCUGCCUUUCUGAGUCUAGAAUCUGGCAUUCAGAAGGGACAGUUCCCUUCUCCUGUGUCCAGUGUCCCUCUGUCCAUAGAGAAGACCCUCUCUUCAGCCAAACAGCCUACCCACCUCCGCUUUCCGGCACUCAGCUCCCAUUCCAAGUCCUUGGGCUCCAAUUCCUGUUGAAAGCACCUUCUCCAACCUCCUCAGCCUCCUACAGCUGGCCCUUGGUUUUCCUCACAGACAUAAAGACCACAGCAGUGCCAUCUUUUCUGGGUUCGCGGGCUUCCUCGCCAUCCUCCUGACCACCAUGAUUUUCUACGGCCUGUGGAACUGGAAUAAAUUGAAGAAGCGACAAGUUCCUUACUUCCGAGUUACCAUCAUGCCCUUACUGACUCUGUCUCGACCCAGACAAGGAGCCAAAAAUAUUUAUGACUCCUUGCCCCAGAGGCAAGAAGACCUGGGGAGACGUCAGUCAAGGAGUAACCGUAUUUUCAGUACCGAGAGCCUCCUCUCCAGACAUUCUGAGAGCCCUCCUUCUGAGCAUGUGCUCUCCCAAGCAGGCAAUGUCCUCUGGGUGCACAGAGACCAUUAUCCUGCCAACGGCUAUACAGUGGGCAUCUAUGACAAUGCCACAGGGCUCCAGAGGCGUGGGGACCUCACUCUCUCAGCACACUAUGUCAAUGUCACAGCAGCCAGAGACUGCCUGAGCAUUUCUUCAGAGGAUUCCAGAGAUUACAUCAAUGUCCCCACGGCGGGACAGAUUGCUGAGAGUCUUCUGGCUUCUGCCAACGCCACCCCCACGAACAGUUUUGCCCCCCCAAAUGCUCAGAAGCUGGAGCUUACUGAGGAAAGAGAGCAGGGCUGUGGGAAUGCCAGUGACCACACCAGUUUUUGGUCUCCAAGGUCUGAGAGCGAUGAUCCGCUCAGCGAUGAGGAAAGUUCUUCUGAGACCUCAAAUGACUAUGUCAACAUGGCAGGGUUGAAUCUUGAGGCCAUCCACGGGAAGCAGCCCUGGAUGGUUUCUCAGUGCUACAGAGAUUAUGAAAAUGUCCCAUCGGCACAUGCCAGCGGAAACCAGCAGCAGGCGGAGGAAGAAGUGACAUCCUCAAACACAGACCAUGUCGAAGGCAGGACAGAUGGUCCAGGGACCCACGUCCAAUUUGUCAUGCAGUCAGGGAGGUUCGUGGCUCUAGGGGAUUAUGUGACCUAUCCGCCAUCUGCACAGAAGGAGACUAGUCAGAUGAAACAUGGAGAGGAGAUGCCAAAUGAGGCCUCUGAUGACUACGAGAAUGUGUUAGCUGCCAACUUCGGAGACGUGGACCCCAAGGGGCCAGACGCAUAGCUCCUUCCUGAAGAAUUAGGCCCCAGGCACCCAGCUGGAGAGCUAUGGGGUGCCAGAUCCACAGCCACCACAGGGUCUCGUCAAGACACUUGAACAUCCUUGUAUUUCAGUGGGUUCGCUCAGGUAGAGUAGUACAAAGAGGCCGAGAUACACAGGAGUUAAGGAAGUCACAAAAGCCAAGGUCUGGGAAAGCCAGAAAGGAAUUCUUCUGAAGCAGGCCGCUGCUCUAAGAAUGUUUGCUGAAACUGCCUUAUAGGAUGGUUAGCAGAUUAAAAAUGCGAGAGUACUUUAGUGCACAGUGGAAACGUGAAGUAGCCUAAAAGCGUUACCUUCACAAAUACCAGCAGGCUGCAAAGCAAGAAUGCAGAUUCGUCUGUAAUCCAGGCAGAGGCCAAAAAGAAGGGACAAGUCAGAGUUGGGGCGGGGCAGCAGCUGCCCCUUGAAAAAGAGUGUGGACAACCAAAUGCUAGAGAAAGAUGUGGAACACCGGGAGUUGUCAUUCAUUGCAAAGUAUAGUAUCCACUUUGGAAAGCGAUUGGAUAGUUUCUUAAAAGCACGCGUGUAUUAUACAACCCAGCCAUUCCACUACUAGGCGUUUACCCAAGAGAAUUGAAAAUUUGUGUUCAUGCAAAAGCCCAUACGUGACUAUUUAUAGCAGCUUUAUUCAUAAUGCCAAAACUAGAAAUAACUCAGAUGCCCUUCAACAGGUAAAUGGAAAAACAAACUGUGGUAUAUCCACACGACGAGGUUGUCUAUACUCAACAGGAAAAAGGAAUGAACUAUUGGUUCAUGUGACCACAAGGACAAAUCGUAAGUGCAUUUGGCUAAGUGAAAGAUGCUAGACCUAAAAAUCUACGUAUUGUAUGAUUCCAUUUCUAUGGCCUUCUGGAAAAGGCAAAACUAUGAGAAGGAAAAGAGGUCAGUAGUUGUCAGGUUUGGGGAAAGGACAGAAGUUUACUAUGAAGGAAUUUUUAGGGUAAUGGGGCUAUUCUGUAUUGGUACUGUGGUGAUGGAUACGUGACUCUAUAAAUUUGUCAAAACACAAAAAAACUAUACAGCCCAACGAGUGACUUUUAUUGUAUGUAAUUUUUUUUUUUUAAUUAACCACGCUGUCAGGGGAAGCCAUGAUGGAAUGCAGAUUAAGACAAAUAAAACCUAACUGUCUUACGAAUGUA